AUGAUGAUCCUUUUGAGGAUCCAGUAUCCACUGAAGGCGGGACUAGGAACCGGUUCUACCUCUACAGACUCCUGUCGCAUUGGAUCAAGCAGCUACGGCCAGUUGAUCUAUAAUAGCUUGGAUGACUCUAACCUUACUUUCCAAAAUCUGGCUUGCUCUGGAGACAAAUUCAACGGGCUGUACAACAAAAUUGAGUUGUGGGAAAACCCGAAUAAUGCCAGUUUCGGAACUUUGUCCAUUGGUGGUAAUGAUCUUGGAUUCACAGAUAUCAUUAAACACUGUCUCCUCAGGUGGUACCGUUCUCCUGUGCUUUACUGGGACCGCUGGUGGUGCUCGCAUUAUAAAGCAGCUGCGACAGCCCUGAUAGCGGAUACAAGCGAAGAUGGCUUUCAAUAUCAGUUGAAGGAGAUCUAUAAAAAUAUCUCAACGAAAGCUGGAGAUACAGAAUUCGAUCUCUACGUCACCGGAUACCCUCAAUUUUUCAAUGGUGAUAACGAGGAUUGUAAUUACACUACCUUUAUGUGGGGCUGGGAGCAUUACUAUUCGGGCAGUUUCGCCGAUUGGCUAAAAUCAGACCCCCGUGAAGUUUGGCUGACUACCGACGUGAGACAAGAGUUCAAUGAUAUCGUUCAAAGUGCGAAUCAGGCCAUCGAGGCCGCAGUCAAGACAGCAAAUACAGAGAUUGGUACUUCUGUCAUUCAUUACGUCGACGUUGAUACCUCUUUUGAAGGUCAUAGGUGGUGUGAGGAGGGAGUUCAUGAGCCAGAUCCUGAUAACGUGAAUACAUACUUUUUCCUAAGUGGUUGGAAAGAUGUUACUGAGUCUGGCACCAUUACG